CUUUAGUUUUCUUCUGCACGUUUAAAAAAACAGGCAUGCACAGUUUGCUGAACGUACCUUCUUCCACGCUGACAUUCUAGGUUUUCCUUGAGCUUGCGGCUACAUGGCGAGGAUGGCAGCGAAGUUUUGAGAGUGCAUGUGCUCAGCAGAUGCGGCGCUCCCUGGAGCUGCUGUAGCGCUUGUCCUCGCCGCUGGAUGGCGAAGUUCAGGAGGACGCGGCCGCACGCUCAGCCGCCAUCAUGGUGAGGUCGGAAGUGUAACAACGCUAUGCAGCAGCACGGCGGGAUUUUCUUUGCAGUUUAUGGCUUAUUUGUGCGAUUUUCUUGCUCAUUUUCUUAUAUGCGUUACGUUUUAAAUCCUUAAAUCUAAAUUAUUAAAAUAGUCAUAAAUUAAAUAUGGUACUCCUGAGCUGCGUCUUGCCAUUUAUUACGGUUUACACCAUAUCCAAAAGUAUAUUUUAAUUAUAAGAAUGGUAUGGAAUUUUGUAUGCUCUUGAGGAAAAAGGUUAUACAUUUCUGCCGCUGAUAUGUCCGUCAGAAAAGAAGUAUUCCAGUCCAAGGUCCUGCAAAGACUGUACCCUGCUGCCCAGGAGCAGAGUAUACUUGCACCUGUGCCACCUGUAAAAAGACCUCAGUCAAUCCCACACAAGAAGUCAGGUAAUGAGGAGACUACAGCUGUACAAGGUAAAAAGCUCUACACUGUUCUUCCUCCUCCUGAAGGCUACCUCAUUAAUAGUGAGGAGGAUUUGGUCACACCAUCCAAUCCAGAUCCCACUGACUCAGAGGACAGCCCAGCCGAUGCUGAUGACCAUGAGUUAUAUAAAAAGAGGAAAAGGAGGAGAAAGAAAAAAGUGUUACCCAAUACCACAGAGGAAGUAUCCACCCCUGCAGCGGAGGGCGCUAUACUGGGCCAGACAGAUGCUGCACAUCCCAGUGAUGAAGGGGACACUGGAAGCUCAGUCAGCACAGAGCAGCUCAGCAAGAACAGAAAGAGGAAGAUGAAGAAAAAACGCCACAAAGAGAAAGUCCAAGCUCUUGGAUUGGUGCCUCGAGCAAGAGCUGUUGAAUUCACGUAUGCACAGAGAGGAGAUGGAAAUUCAGAGGAGGUGCUCGACUUCCUUCGUUCAACACAGGAGAUCUACCUCUCUGAUCUCAAAUACUCUGGGUCCGGUGUAGAAAGCGCCCCCUCUCUCUCCCUCGCUGCAGCAGAGGCUCUGUUCUCUCGUCUCUCAGGCAGGACGCUGCCCCCUGCUGAGAUCUCUAGGCUGUGUGGACUUAGGGCUGUACUGGUGAAGAAUGAAGGGCAGUUAAAAUCACAGCUGCAAGAAUUCAGACACACAAGCACAUUACCUGCAGAAGAGGUUUCAGUAGUCUGCACACUUAUUGAGUAUUGGCUGGCAGAGAUUCUGCCCAUGCAGAGACAGCCGAGGACAUGACGCCCCCAGAUUCAGCGCCUGAGAGGAAAAUGACUGAAUAACCAGCAGGUCCCUGAUUGUGAUAUCUCAUUAUAAAAAAAGAGAUCUUCAGUCAUGCUGUUUUAUAGUCAAGGAUUUCAAGAAAACCAGGAUCAAUCAGCUUUAGCAACUAUUUGAAUGAUGUACUUUAGUUUAUCUUGUCUUCACAUUAAUAAUUACUUACGAAAAAUUUUUUUUUUUUUAAACAUUCUCUGCUGCUCAUUCUUUCUUCGCAUGCCAUCAGUACACUCCCCGAGAAGUAUAUUACUGCACCACAAACAGUGUUGACCGUGACCGUGACUCUGGGUCAACGGUCUUCCUCAGCUCAUUAUGGGGAGUCUGUGGUUUAGCCUCUUAUCGGCUAAUUAUCUUAACAUCAGAACGUCAGCAGCUCCUCGCUGAUCUCACAGCUUGUUUGGAUCAUGACAUCUAAGCUUUAACAUCAUUUACCCAAACCAGUGCCUCAUUUGCAUUUUGUUUUUCUAUUCAAUUAGCUACUUUGGGUCAUCAAUGUGACAAUCCACUGUGACUAUCAGUGUGACUAGAAAAAUGUCUAUAAAGAUAUUUAUUAAAGUUUGAAUUCAAUUUGUGAAAGGAAAACCGAUGUGUGCUUGUUUCAGUGAUUGUUUGAUAUACCUACCUGCAGUGCACUAUUACUAUGAUCCAUUUAAACUGAUUCGAUGGCUUAUCCAUGACGUCAAGGAAGAACGACUUUAUGUAUGCAUCGUCUAGACUGCACCACGUGUGUUUGUGCUGAUCUGCAACACAAAGCAACUCGCAACAGACUUGGAUGCCAUUAUAGGAUCCCAUGCAUCCGGGUUGGCUCAGACAGAGAAUAAUUUUUUAUUGCGUCCCAUUGUGUUACAGUGUUUGGAAAUGUCAACCCUGCCGUUUCUCGCGGAGAUAUGUCUUUACACCAGCUGGAAUAUGGUGUGAAAGACACAGCAGGUGUGAUGAUGGUAUUAUACAGUAGCAGCUGAAAAGAACAAAAUAAAAUAUCUAAUCAUCUUGUUUUAGCAGUAAAUGCAGCAUAUCCUAAGACUAAAGGCUCACUGCAGCUUUAAUAUCGCAGUUUACGGUUUAUGGAUCAGGACUGAAUAUCCACUCAGAAGAUGAGAGGCAAUCCUGCAAAGAGGUGGAGCGAAUAUCUGCCAGUCAGAAGUGCUCGGAAAAGCAAUUUAAUUUAAACAUGCUAAAUGAUCUGCCACUGAGUCAGGCCUAUUUAUUUAACAGGUCCUCAUAAAACAUAAGAUUUGUCAGUCCCCAGUGUCCCCAGACAGAUAAAAC